UGAGGACAGGAGGCCCUAGACCCAGGAGCCUCCUUUCAGGAGAUAGGACCCUGCGUCCACAGCAGCUGCCAUUUUUCUUCAAAAAUUUGGUACGCCAGGUGAGUGGGGGUGGGGAUGAUGGCACAGCACAUCUGAGCAUCCUCCCAUUGUCAACAGAGAAGGUCCACAUUAGAACCUGACACCCGGACCACAGGCUGGCACAAUGCGCGUGGUGGUGAUCGGAGCGGGCGUCAUCGGGCUGUCCACUGCCCUCUGCAUCCAUGAGUGCUACCGCCCAGUACUGCAGUCACUGGAUGUGAAGGUCUACGCGGACCGCUUUACCCCGCUCACUAGCACCGAUGUGGCUGCCGGCCUCUGGCAGCCGUACAUCUCCGACCCCAGCCACCCCCAGGAGGCGCUUUGGAACCAGCAGACCUUCAACUAUCUCCUGAGCCACAUCAAUUCUCCCAACGCUGCAAACAUGGGCCUGGCCCUAGUCUCAGGCUACAACCUCUUCCGUGAAGCUGUUCCGGAUCCUUACUGGAAGGACAUAGUUCUGGGAUUUAGGAAGCUGACUCCCAGAGAACUGGACAACUUUCCCGAUUAUAGCUAUGGCUGGUUCAACACAAGCCUGAUUCUGGAGGGGAGGAGGUAUCUGCAGUGGCUAACUGAAAGGUUAACUGAGAGGGGAGUGAAAUUCUUCCUGCGGAAGGUGGAGUCUUUUGAGGAGGUGGCAAGAGGAGGCGCCGAUGUGAUUAUCAACUGCACUGGGGUGUGGGCUGGGGCGUUGCAACCAGACCCCCUGCUGCAGCCAGGCCGGGGGCAGAUCAUUAAGGUGGAUGCUCCUUGGAUAAAGCACUUCAUUAUCACCCAUGACCCAGAGAGAGGCAUCUACAAGUCCCCGUACAUCAUCCCGGGGAUCCAGGCAGUGACUCUUGGAGGCAUCUUCCAGCUGGGGAACUGGAGUGAGACAAACAAUAUCCAGGACCACAACACCAUCUGGGAAGGUUGCUGCAGAUUGGAGCCCACACUGAAGGAUGCAGAAAUUGUUGGUGAAUGGACUGGCUUCCGGCCAGCACGUCCCCAGGUUCGACUAGAAAGAGAACAACUUCACUUUGGAUCUUCAAACACAGAGGUCAUCCACAACUAUGGCCAUGGAGGCUACGGGCUCACCAUCCACUGGGGCUGUGCCCUGGAGGUGGCCAAGCUCUUUGGGGAAGUCCUGGAAGAAAGGAAUUUGCUCAAAAUGCCACCAUCCCACCUCUGAAGUCACCAGUGACCACCACUCCCCUGACCGAAACCCCCUGCUCCCCUCGGCCAACUAAUCAAGGUGCUCCUUUGCUUAUUCCCCACCCCUAUCCUGGCUCCUUUCCGCAAGAAGCCCAAGACGAGAGGAAAACACAAGGUCAACUCCUGGAGGCGAGUCUGGCUCUACUUGGGGGCCCCUCUGAUGGUUGAGGUCUCUCCACCCUCUCUGGGCCCGACGUUACCAAGAACAGCUGGAGGCUGUUGUCCUGUGAGUCCUCAGAAGGAAGGAAAGCUCAGAAAAUCCAAGAGGUGAGCAGAAAACUGAGGAUAGUUGAGGUUAAGAAUCCUGAUGACAAGUCACACUAACACAUUAAAGGCUCUGAAAAGUCCUGCAGCAAAGACACCUAACCUAUGCUGUUUAGUCUGGUCUUCUUAAACUGAUCUGGCUAUGGAAACCCUUUUGCCCAGAGCACCACGGCCACAGAAUGCACUUGAGGCAAUGCUGCAACCAAUUUCAUCACGAUAAGUUACAGGUAGGACCAGAAGGUAGAGGAGGGAGAAGAGGUGAGGCAUUGAACUAGCCACACGUGACGUCUCUUCCACAUCCAGGACUCCUAAUGGCAUCAGCUGCCCACUGAGUGGCCCCUGUGACCAUUGAGAAGGGGUCCCGGGAGGGAUGAGCCCACAAGGAACCCCUUCAUAGAGAACUAAACUCACCAAGCAUACUCCAUGUUUGAGAGGGCAAUGGAGGGCCGAUGUAACAUCUUUACCUUUUGGCGGGAACCCUCUGAGAUGGCUGACUGGCUUCCAGAUGUUUCUGAAUGAGCCCAGUAGGCACCUUAGCAUCUUCAUCCCUAAUUAUCUGCCUCCACCUCUGAGGUUGAACUUUCAUCUGUCUGGGGUUAUUGUGAAAGAUCAGAUUGGAGAAGUCUUCCUGCGUUUGCGACCAGUGGCACCCUAAGUGCUGUGAAGAGGUCUUGGUUGACCCACACCAUCUACGUCCACACCAUUACUGUCUGUUUCUUUCCAUGUCAUUUCAACCAAUGGGUUCUUUGUGAAGCAUCUGCCAUGAUUUCGGCUGGCACUAAGCUAAGUGGGGUGAAGCAGUCCAAGAUCUCAAAAUUCCUGUCCUAAUAAUGAUGAUGGUAAUU